CAUAGGCUGCGGCCACUGCGCCGGUCAUGGCGGUGGCCCCAGAGUUCCCUCGCAAGCCCUGAGCGCUGGCGCCCCUCGCCGAAGUUUCGCACCGGCGGGACGCGGAGCUCCCAUCGCGGCCGCGUAUCCCAGCUAUGGCUGGCGACUCUAGGAAUGCUAUGAACCAGGACAUGGAGAUUGGAGUCACUCCCCGGGACCCCAAGAAGAUCCCCAAACAGGCCCGCGAUGACGUCCCCAUCGCCACCGACCGCACGCGCCUGCUGACCGAAGGCAAGAAACCGCGGCAGCGCUACAUGGAGAAGAGCGGCAAGUGCAACGUGCAUCAUGGCAACGUGCGGGAGACCUACCGCUACCUGAGCGACCUCUUCACCACCCUGGUGGACCUCAAGUGGCGCUUCAACCUGCUGGUCUUCACCAUGGUCUACACCGUCACCUGGCUGUUCUUCGGUUUCAUCUGGUGGCUCAUUGCUUACAUCCGGGGGGAUCUGGACCACGUGGGCGACCAGGAGUGGAUUCCGUGCGUGGAAAACCUCAGCGGCUUCGUGUCGGCUUUCCUGUUCUCCAUCGAAACGGAGACGACCAUCGGGUAUGGCUUCCGGGUCAUCACCGAGAAGUGCCCCGAGGGCAUCGUGCUGCUCCUGGUACAGGCCAUCCUGGGCUCCAUCGUCAACGCCUUCAUGGUGGGCUGCAUGUUUGUCAAGAUCAGCCAGCCCAAGAAGCGAGCCGAGACCCUCAUGUUCUCCAACAACGCCGUCAUCUCCAUGCGGGAUGAGAAGCUAUGCCUCAUGUUCCGCGUGGGCGACCUGCGCAACUCCCACAUCGUGGAGGCCUCCAUCCGCGCCAAGCUCAUCAAGUCCAGGCAGACCAAAGAAGGGGAGUUCAUCCCCCUCAACCAGACGGACAUCAACGUGGGCUUCGACACCGGCGACGACCGCCUCUUCCUUGUGUCUCCGCUCAUCAUUUCCCACGAGAUCAACGAGAAGAGCCCCUUCUGGGAGAUGUCUCGGGCCCAGCUGGAUCAGGAGGAGUUCGAAGUCGUGGUCAUUCUAGAAGGGAUGGUGGAAGCCACAGGCAUGACUUGCCAAGCACGAAGCUCCUACAUGGAUACAGAGGUGCUAUGGGGCCACCGAUUCACACCAGUGCUUACCUUAGAAAAGGGCUUCUAUGAGGUGGACUACAAUACCUUCCACGACACCUACGAGACCAACACACCCAGCUGCUGUGCCAAGGAACUGGCGGAAAUGAAGCGGGAAGGCCGCCUCCUGCAGUACCUCCCCAGUCCGCUCCUGCUGGGGGGCUGUGCUGAGGCAGGGCCGGAUGUGGAGGCUGAGAAGGACGGAGAGGAUGAGCCCGAGAGGCUCUGUGUCUCCCGGGAGACCAGGGGCUCCGUGUGAGGGGGCCACGUCCCCGAGGCCUCCCCUCCCCGGUUUCUGUGCACAAAGGCACUGCGGAGUCGGGGCAGGGGAGAGAAGAGAUUGCUGAUUGAGCUUCGGUAGGGGGCCCAGGAGCUGUCAAGGCUCAGUGGGGGAGAAAUAUCUCAUACAUCCCCUAGCUUAGGGCCUCCCAGAGCAGGUGGCCUCUUGCAGGGCACAUCCUGGGCCCUUUCUGUCGCAGCCUCUGUCUGCACUGGCUAGAGGCCAAGCCAGCCGGGCUUCCCCCACGAUAGCAGGUGCAGGGUGGCCUCUGUCCUCUCUCUGUCGACUGAUGCCCAGUCACUUCUCUUCCGGAGACUCCUCAGAGACCUCCCCAAGGACUGACAGCUGCAAGGGGCUCCCCCUGCCCUCUUGCUGUGACCUGAGGCUUGUGGGUUCAGAGAGGAGGAGGAUCUGCCUGGUAAGAUGGCAGCUCCAACCUCUGGCCUGGGGGGUGAGCUCAUGGAGCCUUUGUGGCUUAAGGUCCAUCCAAGUCCUGUAGGCAACCCCUUUGAAAUCUGAAGCCAAUGGCAUCCUGUUGAGAGCCACAGAGCACAGGGUCCUUGGCCGUCUCUGCCACCUGCCCAGUGAGAGUGUUUCCCCACUGCUGUGUCUGCGUGCCUGCUGUCACCCUCCAGAUGCUGGAUCUCCCUAGAGUGAGUCUUAGAAGGGAGCCUGGGCCCUAUGCACCAUGGCCUGUGCCUCCCACCCAAGGGAGAGCCUCAGCAGCUGGCUUUCGUCCUGUCCUUCAUGGCCCAAGACCCACCUCUAACCGGCUCUGCCGUGCUCUCUCACAGUCUCAGAGCCUGUGGUGUGAGGGGGGAGAAAGCCGAGUUUCAGAGGGCAGGGUGGGCAGGAGGAGAGGGGGAUACACAGAAAGGAAAGCCACAGCGAUCUGAAAAUAAGCCCCGACACAGCCUGAGCUCAGGGUGCUCACCUGUGCUGUCAAGGUGAGUAACAGGACAUGAGGCAGGGGUGACAGGUGACAGACAGGUGUCAGGGAAGGACUCCAGGGGAAGGACAUGAGGCAGUGGUGACAGGUGACAGACAGGUGUCAGGGAAGGACUCCAGGGGAAGGACAUGAGGCAGUGGUGACAGGUGACAGACAGGUGUCAGGGAAGGACUCCAGGGGAUGGACAUGAGGCAGUGGUGACAGGUGACAGACAGGUGUCAGGGAAGGACUCCAGGGGAUGGACAUGAGGCAGUGGUGACAGGUGACAGACAGGUGUCAGGGAAGGACUCCAGGGGAAGGACAUGAGGCAAGGGUGACAGGUGACAGACAGGUGUCAGGGAAGGACUCCAGGGGAUGAGCACACACAAUGCAAGAUGGGACAGGAGCUAGCUUAAGUCCUGGCCUCACAGCCAGGCCCAGGUUGAACCACACUCCUGGGCUGGGUGAGAAGCCCCUGGAUUUCCCUCCUACCUGGCAGGGGGCCUUGGCCAGGCAGGACAGGGGCAAGGCCCAGGGAAGGAGGGGUGGGCUGCCACCUCCCACCCUGGGAAUGGGGUCAGGGAGGCGCAUGUUAAGAGAAACAGAUUAGAGAAGAGCCUUGACGUGGAUGUCAUGGGCUUUUGUGUUCCAGUCUGGAAGUCCAGGUAGCAGUCUGGAGGCAGGCGGUAUAGACCGCCCCAUCUAUAAAGCAGGGACUGAGAUGGCCUCCUGCUGGGCUGCCUUGGACUGGCAUCGAGCAUUCCCAUGUUCCCAGGCACACGGCCUCACCCAGCCACGGCUCCCCUGGCCUCUGAAGACAGAAGCCUCAUCCUGUCCAGGUGCUGGAGCACCUUCCCAGGGGGCAGAGGCAGAGCCACAGUGAGACAGGGCAAGGGGGCGGCGUGUGGAGCCCAGGCCCCACACCCUCAGGCCAGGUCUUCUAGGUCCUGGGGCUGGUAAGAAGAGGAGGGAGGUGGCCUGGGAUGGGACCUGCAUGCCUCCCAGGAGAGGGUCUCUGUGUUUGGCACAUGGCUGUGACCUUGAGAGCAGUGGGCAUGUGGGGCCUUCCCACCAGGGGCAUGAGGGAAGGGGUAAGGGACUGGCACCCCACCCUCAGGGGAAAAGGAGGUGGACAGCAGACCUGCACCCACUGGGGGAGCCAGUGCAAUCAAGAGUCUAAGGUGGGCGCCCACCACCAAGCCUGGAUGCCUUGGUUACAUGUAGGGGAACUACAGCCCAGCUGCUGGGUGAGGGCCAGCACCCCCGCCCCCACCCAGGCUCCCCAGAUCCAGGCCUACCCAGCAGGCCUAUUUCCACACCCUGUUGUUGCCAGGCCUAGAACUGGUCGGAGUCAGACGCAGUCAGUGCCCACCGGUGACAACCCCAGGGAGGCGGCCAGGUGAGGCAAGGAUGGGAUGCCAUGGCGACAGCCACCCUGGCAGCUGGACAUUGGCCAGGUUCCUGAUUCACACCGGCCUCCAUGCACCAUUCUGCAACGUCCCCCACCUGGCCAAGGAAGGCACCCUCCAGCUCUCUAACGCUGCUGGGGCCUCCAGGAGUCAGGGCCAAAACCCAUACGUCAGCACACUCUAGGAACUCCAGAGGGUGCGGAAGGGGAACAGAUCAACACAACGAUGUCCUGAAACUCCCCAGGCCAGAGCCCGCCAACACAGGGAUUAGUAAACUAUUAAUCUCCAUGUGCCAAUUCUGCUUCCUGGCGUGGAAAGAAGUGACAGUACAAGAAGGCAGCCCCUGGUAUCCCAAGCAAACCCCAUCCUGGACGAUCAGUUGCUCCAAUCAGAGUCUGGAACAUUCUCCUAAUCGUACCCUAGAAGUCCUGGACCAAACAUGGACUUACCAGAUGUUAAGUCUGAGGGCCGCCAGCUUUUCAGUGGGUCGCUUCCCAACACUGCCCCUCCGUGCAGACCCCCUGCGGGGUGUGGCCCUCAGCAAGGGAGUGGCUCUGAGCUCGUCACUGUACACGGACCAAUGGGAGCGGAGCCAGGCUUGGAGACCGGGUUGCUGGUGAUUCCCACAGACCUCAGCAUCUCCAGAUUUCCCAAAGCAACUGCUCAUCUGUGAGACUCCACAAGUUUGGGGAGUCGACUUCCUGCCUUAACAUCCCCACCUCUCCUGUCUGGAAAGGCCCACUACCAGGGAGAAGCCACCAGGACCCCAGAAGAAAAGCUUGCCCUAUGGCCAGUGCUGUGGCUCACUUGGCUAAUCCUCUGCCUGCAGCGCCGGCACCCUGGGUUCUAGUCCUGGUUGCUCCUCUUCCAGUCCAGCUCUCUGCUGUGGCCUGGGAGGGCAGUGGAGGAUGGCCCAAGUGCUUGGGCCCUGCACCGGCAUGGGAGACCAGGAAGAAGCACCUGGCUCCUGGCUUUGGAUCGGCACAGCGCCGGCCAUGGCGGCCAUUAGGGGAGUGAACCAAUGGAAGGAAGACCUUUCUCUCUGUCUCUCUCUCACUGUCUAUAACUCUCUGUCUGUCUCUCUCACUGUCUAACUCUGCCUGUCCAAAAAAAAAAGCUUGCCCCAGUUCUCCCCCUCUCCACCCAUGAGCACCCCUGCAGGCCAAGGUGGGUAUUGCCCAUGACUCUCCCAACAGAUGCUACCUGCCAGCCUCCUGCACAGCUAGGGAGCCCACUGGUCUUCAUUCCUGCUGCUUUGGGUUAUUGCCUAGGACAGCUGCUCUUGACGGAGGAGAGGAGCUCCUGUGUGUCCGGGGAGUCCCUUCUCUAUUGCUGAUCUGGAGCAAAUGGUCCCCAUUUUUCAUGGCCUCCUUCCUGCUGGCCUCAGUGGCGUGUCUCAGGGAAGGGGAGCAUCACAGAAACCUAAAUUGCUUGCACUGAAGUUGCCAAAAAGACAAGAGUUGCUGCUGUCGUCUAAGCCUGAGUCCGGACUCAUCUCUGCAGUGUCCCGUGGCCUGAGCACCUGUUGUGUGCCCGGCGGCAGGCUGGCGUCACCGUGGUGCGUGACCUUGAUUCUCAAAACACUGCAGAGAAGCACACAGUAGCCCCUCGGUACUAACGAGACAGCCGCGGUUCAGAGAGAGCCGUGCUUUUGCUCAAGGCCACAGAUAAUGAGACAAAGCUUUGGUGCCAAGCUCCUCCCAAGCACACACAAGGGGCCACCAGGUUGCAUAAACAUCCCUGUCUGCAGCUCAGCAGCAGGACCAGGGACAGCCCCUCCUCUCCCCACAGCGCCACGCUGCCACGUGCACUGUGCAGCGGAGCUCCGGCCGCCAGCCCCCAGCAGGGCUUGCCUGUGGCAGGAUAAUUGGGAAGCACCUUUUUCUGGUUCCCAGAGAACUAAUGAGCUGUGAAAGGAGAUCCGAUGGGGAAGAAUCACUUUACUCUGCUCAGCUUCGUGCUUGCUAAUGACAUCUCCUUAAAUUGCUGUGUCAAAUCUCUUUGUCUCCGUGUAGGAUUUGUCAGUCUUAUAAAAAAAAAAAAAACGCCACCGCAC